UCGGCCCGGGAGAAAAGAAGUUGCUCUUCGCUCAACUUUAAGUGCAGGAUACUUUUUUUUGGAGGCGUCGGGAGCGCGGCGGCUCUUCUUCUUCAUUCCUCUUCUUUCUGAGUCGGUCCGGUUCAUGCUCACAGAUGUUAGCGGUCGGUCCUAUGGAGGCUAACCGGCAGAGUGCCUUCGUCCUGGGCAGCACGCCCGCUGGCGGCGCUGCACACAUGACCGAGAUGAAGACCUCCCUGUUCCCGUACGCGCUGCAGCAGAGCCCCGCGGGCUUCAAGGCGCCGCCGCUCUCCAGCCUCAACUCCCAGCUGGCCGGAGCCACUCCGCACGGAAUCAGCGACAUCCUAGGGAGGCCCAUCAGCACGGCCGGCCAGCUGCUCUCCGGCUUCCCCAGGAUCAAUGGCCUGGCGUCGGCCACAGCCGCCGCCGCGGCGGGGAUGUACUUCAGCCCGGCCGUCUCGCGCUACCCCAAACCUCUGGCGGAGCUGCCCGGGAGGGCGCCGAUCUUCUGGCCCGGGGUGAUGCAGGGCUCCCCCUGGAGAGACCCCAGGGUCCCCUGUCCGGCGCAAGCAAACAUCAUGGUGGACAAGGAUGGGAAGAAGAAACACUCCAGACCCACUUUUUCAGGACAGCAAAUUUUUGCACUGGAAAAAACUUUCGAGCAGACGAAAUACCUGGCCGGGCCAGAGAGAGCAAGGCUGGCUUAUUCCUUGGGAAUGACCGAGAGUCAAGUCAAGGUUUGGUUUCAGAACAGAAGGACCAAAUGGAGGAAGAGACACGCGGCGGAAAUGGCCUCUGCCAAGAAAAAACACGACUCUGAGACGGAGAAGAUGAAGGAGAGCUCCGACAACGAGGAAGACGACGAGUACAACAAACCGCUGGACCCAAAUUCAGACGACGAGAAAAUCACGAGACUGCUAAAAAAGCACAAGGCCGCGAACCUGGCGCUGGUCAGCCCGUGCAGUAACAGCUCGGACACGUUGUGAUGGGAUCGGUGACGGACCCGCUGCACUC